UAAAUAUUAUGUAUAGCUUAGUUCUAAUGUCUUUCUUAUUUAUUUAUCUCUAUAAAAAAUCUUGUUUAAUUCAUACAGACAAUGAUAUGCACUAGUAUUAUUAAUAGUUGUUAUAUAUUUAUUAGACCUAAUUGUAAUCUUGAAUAAUUUCAGGCUACACUGAAGGCAAUCAUUUGAAUGACAGACAUCCCAAGAUAUUAAUUCUUAGGAUAAGAUAAAUUUACAAUGCUACUACAACUUGAAGUAUGUACUGUAUAUAGACUGUGACAUCAAUAAUAAUAACCUUGAAUAAUUAUUAAACCAUUGACUGGCAUAGAAAAGAUGAAUUCUGCACCACCCACUUCUUAUAAGCAAAAUAUUGUUUCAAAUGGCAGAACUGAUCAAUGUGGCACGGGAAGUGGCAAUGAAAAGUCAAAACCAGAGAUCAGCCUAGAAGUUAACAUUGGCUGCGAUGAUGAUACAACUGUGAAGAAAGUUGAUAGUAAUACAUCAGAAAUGAUAAAAGAUUCUGAAUGGAGUUGUAGGAGAUGCACUUUACGGAAUCCCAGCAGCUUGAGCCAAUGUUCAGUGUGCGAAUCGAAAAGGUAUUUACAGUUACCAACAGCUUCAGACCUAAACCUUGUUCUUCAAAGUGAUGGCAACACACAAGCUAAAAAUGAUAAUAAUAAUAGUGUUAAAAAUAAUGUACCACUGGCAGAGGCUAAUCGCUCAACAGCUAGCUCUGAAAAUAAAAAAUUACCCACUUUCACCAAAUCAACUGUGUCAUCAAAUACAAAUAUACCUAAUGGUGAAGACUUUAUUGAUGUUGAUGAAGAGUGGAAGUGCUCUAGCUGUUCUUUCAGCUGUAAUCCAAGCUGGGAAAAGAAAUGUCAGACUUGUGCUGUGCCAAAAGCUACUGCAAAAAAAAUUGGAGUUGACAAGAUGCUGCCACCUCGCAGCCCCAUACAAAUGAAAAACGACAGUGUGACAAACAUGCAUAGCAAUAACAAACAAUCAUCUACUCAGUACAAGCAAUCUUCAGCUUGGAACUGUGUCAAAUGUACUUUAAAGAAUGCAAGUUCAGACACCCAGUGUGACAUUUGCAACGAACCUAGACCAACUUCAAUCCCAGGCCCUUGGCAUUGUAGCAGGUGUACUCUCCUUAACAAACCCGAAGAUUAUAUGUGCGCUGCAUGCUGUGUACCCAGACAGGCUGGAAAUUAUCGAAUUGCUCAUGGGUCAAGUUCUGUUGAUGCACCUGUUAUUAGUAAAGACACUGUGACAACAAAGAGAGCCCCAUUUGAUUUACAAAGACAAGAAAGUUGUUUGGUAGAUGACAUAAGAAUUAUUGAAGAGAAUGAGGCAAUGGAACUCCAUUCAAAAAUUAUCACUCAUUGCAGGAAGGUAUGAUUUGAUGAUAAUAAUUUGUAUUAUUUUUACAUACAAUUUUUGUAUAUGCUUCUUCAAAGAAUCCAUAGUAACUUAAAUUAAGAUAAUAAUCAUUUAUUUUCCAAGCUGUCCAAAGUAUUAUAUUUUCCAUAGGCUAUUUCAUAAAGUCCAUUCCAAUGCAGUAUACUCAAGGCUUUACAAACAUAAUAUUAUGAACCUUUUUGACAAUUAGAGUUUUUUUUUCUAAUGAAAUUCAUUGAUGCAUAUUUUACAGACUGGUGACAAUUUUGUUGAUGAUUCCUUCCCACCAGCUCAAAAAUCUCUUUUUAUUGAUCCUAAAAAACCAUUCCGGAUUAGCUCAGGUCAGUUUACAAAUGGGUUUUACCCUACUGACAAAAUUGAAUGGUAUAGAGCAGAUAAAAUUGCUGUUCAUGACAACCCUUGUACCAACCAACCAUGGGUAGUGUACAGAACUCCAAUGCCGGAAGACAUAUCACAGGGAAUUUUAGGCAAUUGUUGGUAUGUUAGCCAUAAAUAAUUAUGCUUUGUCAUUUGUUUCAUGUCAUUUUAUUGGGAAUUUCUAAAACAUUCUUGAAUCUAAUGGCAUAUCUAUCAACUUGCUGAGAUAAAAACAUGUACAUAAAAAAGGAUAAACCAUGAAAAAGGCCUAAUAACCAAUCAAUAGUUAAAUUGAGGAUAAUGAAUAGUAAUAUGAUAUUGAUAACAUGUCCAACAUAUUAAAAAUAAAAUGUGAUAUGUCUUUAAAAAAUUUAAAAUGAAGUGUUCAUUUUAUAAUAGACCAACUUCAUUCAUUUUAUAAUAGACCAUCAAAAAUGUCUUUUGCUUUCUAUUGUUUUUAAAUAAAACAUUGUGGGAUGAAAUGCUCAACAGAAGUCUGCAUUCACAUUCAAACAACAAUUCUACAGUUUAAUUAAAACUGCACAAGUAACAAAUACAUGUCUGUCAUUGUCUUGAGAUUGACACAGCAGUGCACUGUUACAAAACCCUUGAAUCUUCAGCAAUUUUUUUAUUAUUUCAUUAGAAUUAGAGUUUAGAUGCAUGGAUUUUUGGAUUUUAACAAGAUGUUUGUUAGAAAUUAGAAAUUACGCCAGUCUUCCCCUACCUAAUCUUUUGUUCAACCAGGCUCACCAUCUUGGCUCUUGGUUGAGAGAGAAAGACUAAGUGAGAAAACAUUAGUUUUAAAAGGAUCCCAGUGCUAUGUAUGCAUGUGCAAAACUAAUUGACUAAGGUGAAUGUAUUAGGCCAUCCGGGUGCAAACACAGUACAAAAAAUCUGUAAUAUGGUUAUGUUAGAAAUAUUUGCAACUACUAGAAGUAACAGAAUGAGAAAAAAUUUUUCAAAUGUAUAUUUACUACAUGCAAGUCUCAUGCUUCAACAAAUAACUUCUUUUUUAAAAUCUUAAAUAUAGUGUUGAUCUAAUCCUGGCACCUGAUAUUAUAUUUAUUUCCCUUGUAGGUUCUUUAGUGCCCUGGCAGUAUUAGCAGAGCGAAGUGAGUUAGUGGAGCACAUUGUCAUAAGUAAAAUAAUUUGCAAAGAAGGUGUGUACCAAGUUAGGCUGUGUAAGGAUGGACUUUGGAAGACUGUACUUAUAGAUGACUAUCUGCCUUGUGAUGCACAGAAAUGUUUAAUUUUCUCAAAGGUGGGUUUUUUUUUUUUUUUUUUUUUUUUUUUACAUCUUAUGUCAUGAAUAAAAUUGGUAGUUGUAGUUAAGUGACAUUAAUCAUGCUGUUGUCACAGAACGGUUGUUGCGGAGGAGGGCUCCGGUCCUGACAUAAUAACAAACUAUAUUAAUAUAGUAUUGGUUAAUAUAGGACCGCUCCUCUCUGUGAUUAUAUUGUGGGUGUCUAUGCGUUGGGACAGACAGAAGCACAACGUAAAAACUCCAACUCCAGGUGUAUAAAUUAUAUAUAUGUAUUCAUUUCUUGAUGUAACAACAAUUAAAUCUGUCUAUCGAAGAAAAUAUCACCUUUUCAAAAGCAUCUAAUAUCCUCUCUCCCCUGCCAGAAGUGCCCCCAACCCUCAUUCAUGAUCUAUCCAACAUGGUGCGACCCAUAGGGAAGUCCCGAACAAAACAAAACCUUUACGCACUGAUUACAACUGAGCUCUUUCCUAUAUCCCCACCCGAGUCAUUUGUGACAGCUGUCAGUGGAAUGUUUUUCUUGUAUAUCUCUGUUUUGUCUUGAACUUUAUAAACUUAACUAUGCCAAACAACUAUAUCUAGGUCAUAUUUUAACGAUUUACUUGGCAAUGGAAUAAUGCCACUUAUUGCAACAUCAAAAUAUUGUAUUUUUUAUUAAUAUUUAAAUAUUUCUUCUAAUGAUUAUUUGGCUUUAAGGGUUUGAAGAAGAAAAAGAAGAUGGAAAAAAAUGUGUCUCUUAGCUGAAGUAGAAAAUCAGAAAGUAGAACUUUAAGUGAUGAAAAGACUAAAAAUAGCUUUAUCGUUCAAAAUUUUAAGGGAAAUUUUUCUGAACUACUUGUUAAAUGAUUUUUAGUUUAUAUACUAACUAAUAAUUAAAAAUAAGGGCAGGGAAACUAGAUAUGUGUUUUAGUUGUUUGGCAGCAUGAUCUUCAUAAUAAGAGCAAGACUUCUUGUGGUUGCAGAAAUAUGUCAUCAGUAGUAAUUGCAUUUCUAAUUUACCUUUUCUAAUCAGCAGGUGCCAAUCUUUUUUUUUUCUUAUGAACACAUUUCAAAGCUUUUCUUAAAGACUUUAUUUCUGAUAUUUCUGAAUAAAAAUAUAAUAGUAACUAUAAGUGUAAGAAUAGAAAAUAAAUUUUGAAAGAAAAUCACGUCACUUCUUUUGCUGUUGUUCCAAACCUUUUUAUUCUUCAGUAAUCCUUGACAAGACUUUUCAUUUAUGAGUACUCCCCUCCCAUUUCCUUUGUCCGUCCAAUCAUUCCUACAAUAGCAUUAAAAAUAGUUGAGGUAAAUAAUAAAAUGAUGAAGAUAAAGUCAAUGCCACUUAUAGGCUUCUAUUUUCUAUUUUGAAAGCUAAAACAGUUAGGUUUUUUUUUUACAAAUAAAAAUUAAUAUAAAUUUUUUUUUUUAAUCCACAUUAAUUUUUAAAGAAAGUUCAAUAAUUAUCCAUUAACUUUACAAUAGCAGUUUUUCUUGUUUUAUUCCAAUGAUCCAAUGUGGCUAUUAAAAAUUUACAUAAAUGAACUGGUGUAAGAAAACGUUUUGCCAUUUUUAGCUUUUAUCAAUAUAAUUUUUUGUACCCCCAAGUGAUGCCCCAAGGUGUACGCUUACCAGAGGUUUAGAACCUCUGUGUUUAGAACCUCUGUCUAACAGUAUUAUGAUAUUAUGCAAUUUGUAUCAAAAUGUUGGAAACAGCUGUUAAAUUGUAUAAUUGGUUUGCUGCAUAUGUGGUGUAGUUAUUAGUGCAUAGAAUGUUUGCUCUACAACAGCCUUAUAGUUUUUCUUAACAUCCUGCACUGCUUGUAGGCUAGGAGAAAACAGCUGUGGGUCCCUCUUAUAGAAAAAGCUAUGGCCAAACUGCAUGGCAGCUAUGAAGCUUUGAUUGGUGGUAAAUGUAUUGAAGGUCUCUCUACUCUGACAGGUGCUCCAUGUGAAAGCAUUUCACUACAGAGUAAGUAUAUUCUUUUAAACUUUUUAAGGCUUUUUAUUACUUUGGAUUUAAUUGGAGCUAAGGGGAUGUUAAAAUUUUCGUUCUUGAAUGGCUGCGACCAACUACUUAGGCAUUUGAUCGACAGCUGUAAAUCAUCUUUACAUCCAUUGGAUUAAAAAAAAAAUGUUUGUCAAUAAUGCAUGACAACAUGUCUGCCCUUAUCAACUUUAAAUACAAAAAAAAAAAAAAACACAGUCAGUGCAUGGGUUCUGGUUCCGGUAAUGUUUCGUUGCUGCAUCUCCAUUGGAUUAAAAAAAAAAUGUUUUUCAAUAUUGCAUGACAACAUGUCUGCCCUUAUCAACUUUAAAUACAAAAAAAAAAAAAAAACACAGUCAGUGCAUGGGUUCUGGUUCCGGUAAUGUUUCGUUGCUGCAUCCAUGAACUGGCAUCUUUGCAACGGUUGGGGAUAUGAUGUUGCUAUUCUAACAGCCCCUAGCUGAUGCCAGGGCAGCCUUGGAGCUUUCGACCGAUGUCGAGUUCACAGUGGCAUCGUUCAGGUGGUUCCAUGCUAUUAUUGGGUUUACUACUUUCAUCAUUGAAAAUUUGUUUAAAUCAGAGCACAUAACAAAUUCCCCUUGUCUUCAUACUUCUCAGCAUUUAAUCUCUAAUUUGACUUUUACAGUUUUCAAAAGGAUUGCAUGCUAUGAACGUUUUAGUAGGCAAUAGGCUUGACAUUUUUUGUUUCACCACGCUCAGCGUUAGUUGUUUAUUUAUUGCAUUGAGGAUAUGUGUUGACCUAUCAGUAUGAUCAGGAUGAGACAUUGACAUGUGAUUUUAAAGGGUAUACAUGUUCUCUCUGUGGUAUCUAUGUUUUAGUGGCAUCUUGAACCAUUCCCUCCCUUUUGCUCAUAUUUCAGAUGAUGGUACAAGGGGAGAUGAUGUAUGUCCAGAUCUGAUUUGGGCCAAGCUAAUGAGCUGCAGAGACCUCAAGUGAGAAUCUUUUAAAGCAACAUUCUCAUGUAUCUAUGUAUAAUUAUUAAGAAACAAUAAUUAGGUUCAGCUCUUACAAGUCUUAACAUGUUAGGGGAGUGAUCAUUUUUUAAUGUUAAAAAAAUCUUUGUUGAGCAGCCUUUAAGACAAUUUUUAAAAAAAAUAUUAACAAUCCUCUAACCUCUUUAUAACCCCAUGAUGUCUAAUGAUCAUAAAAAAGCAUAAUACUUUAAAUGUAGUGAAAGGUGUACAUUUUUAGCUGAAAACUAAUGCUAACUAAAUUGUUAAAUAUUUCAGUUUCUGUUUGUUCUUGAAAAACUAAUAUCUAAUAAUAAACAAUCUCAGCGUCAAAGUUAAGUAACAAGACUAUCAAACCAUAAAAUGAUUUUUAUUGAAACUCCAGAUUCCUAAUGGGUGCCUCCUGUGGGGGUGGUAACAUGAAGGCAGAUGAGGAAAUGUUUGCCCGAGUUGGCUUGAGGGCCAAGCACGCUUAUUCUAUCCUGGAUAUACAGGAUUUAGAGGGAAACAAGUAAGUUACAGACUGCAGCAAAAUAUGUCAAAGGAAGCUCACAUUAAGUGUGUGAUGUGAAUUAAAGUGUUCUGAAGACUGCCCUUAGUCAAAGGCCCUUAACCUUUUAAAAAUAACAAAAGAGUUCUCUACUGGUCAAGUUUAUGAAAGUGCAACAAUUUCAGAAUUAUCAAUAUUAACACUCAUUUGCUAUGUUUGCUGGCCCUAUUGGGUCAAUGUAUCACAUUUAUUCCCAAGUAAUUUUACAAUUCUUUGCAAGGAAUUCAUAUAUUUACCUAAAAAUUUUAACAAAAUGAGAAUUUGAAGAGAAACUUGUUCUAUUUUAUCACCUUGUUGAGUUAUGGGAUGUUCUGAAAAUUUGCAUUUUUGGAUUAUGUGCAACUCACUAGCAAUAUUUGUAUUUUAAGUAUUAGAUUUCGUUUAAAGAAUCACUGGCAGGCCAUCAAUGAGUUAAUAUUUUAGAAAAUACAAUCAUUGUAUUAAGCAAUGAAUAAGAUCAUUUAUCUCUAUGGCUAGGCUUGUUAGACUAAGGAAUCCUUGGGGACGUUACUCGUGGACAGGAAACUGGAGUGACGAAUCCUCGUCUUGGCAAACUGUAUCUGAAGAAGGACGUACAAAACUGAUGGCAAUAGGUGAAGAGCAGGGAGUUUUCUGGAUGGAGUUUUCUGAUAUCAUGAGGUUGGUCUUGGGUUGUCUUUGAGGUUGGUCUUGGGUCUUCUUAUGAUGUUGGUGUUGGGAUUUUCAUGAGGUUGGUCUUGGGUUGUCUUAUGGGGUUUUUCUUGGAUUUUCUAAUCAGGUUGGUCUGAGUUUUCUUUUGAGUUUGGUCUGGGUUUUCUUAUUAGGUUGAUAUUGGGUUUAGCUGCAAUAAUUAUUCAUCCUAAAGGAGUUAUCAAAUACAUUUGUAUAAUGUAAUUGUCAAAAUAUUUAGAGGACUCACACACAUUGACAAACAUCAAUGAAAGAGUGUGUAAAAACUGACAAAUGGAUGCUGAAAAGAUUCAAGAGAAAGAGUUUAAUUUUAACCAUAUCAUAAAGAGCUACAUUCUAGGAUCAUUCCAGACUAGCACAAUGUUUCUCCCCCCCCCCUCCCCCGGGAAGGGAAUUUCGGUUUAGUAAUUAUUCUUGAUCAGUAGAAAAAUGCCAAGUUGGAUUUACAAAGAUCACCCCCACCCCAUUUUACAUUUUGGACUUAGUGAGAUAAUAUACCUAACUUUUUCCCAACAUCUGUAUUUUGAACAUCAUUGUAUUAUUUGGUCAGCAUCCCACCAGUACAUGAUGGAAUAGUGAUGGGGCUUCAUUCUUCCCAUACAUUGUACCACCUCCAUGCACUCUGCAACCAUCCUUGGUUAUAGCUCAUUACCUAAAUGAGGAUCAUCACCUUUCAAAUUGAACAAACGGCCCACAGACUCUGAGUUUCCAUGUACCCGUACUGAUAAUCAAAAGAUUGGCAGCCGAUCUUAAGUUUUACCGUGGUUAUGUGGAAUCAUUUACCAAAUCAACUUUUACUUUUUAAUGACUGUGUUAACCAUUUUAGUGAUCUUUAAAAGAAUAAAUCUGUUUGGGAGAUAGAGUUAUUUUAAUCCUGAAUAGCAGUGUAGCAUUUUUUAAAUUUCAUAUAUUUUCAGGUAUUUUGACAGCAUAGACAUCUGUAAAACUCGCCCUGAUUGGCAUGAGAAAAGAGUUCAAGGAACAUUUGCCUUAAACGGAACAAACCCAACAACUUUGAUUAGACUCACUGUGUUCCAGACAACAGAAGUUGAACUUGGUUUGUUCCAGGAAGGAACACGGUCAGUGAGCUCUACAUUUAGUUAUGCAUAUUCAAAUUUGUCUAGUUCUGAAUUAUUUGAUACUUUCAUAAUAUUGUUUAUUAACCCAAGACUUGUAGUGAUCUGUGGUGAUCAUAUGGAAUUGGCACCCAGCCAAUGGCAUUUAAAAACUAUGUGAAUUUUUUCCAUGUAGAUUUUGAGCUUUAUUAUAUUAUUGGUGGGAAUUCAGAUUAAGAUUGUUAAAUUUUUACAUGGUCUACAUCUACAUACAUCUCCCAUUCAGCUUUUUAAAAAAAUUUCUAUAACUUAAGGCAUUCAGCCAAAAGAGUACGACUUUUGUAGCUUUAUGUGACCUUUUUCUGCCAACCUUCAAUAUUGAGCCUGCACUGCGGCUCUGAUAAAAAUCUUACUUCAGUGACCUCUGUCAAAAUAUCAGAAAAUAUAAGUCAUGGAACAAGUUUUAGAGUUCCAAUUUUUUAGUUCUCUAAUUCAAUCUCAAUUUCAGGGGAAGCAAAAUUCCAGACUACUUAGCACCUUGGAAAGGCUGACAUUUGGUUCACUUUAUUUUUUGUCUCCUUGUGCAACAGGCAUGAUGUCGGCUCUCAUUCGCCGUUGGACUUGUGCAUUGUGGUGCUAGAAGAGUCGAAAAACUUAGCGCAAGUGUCUGUAGGGAAGGUUGUUGUACACAGUUCCCGUCAGGUCCGUGGUUUUGUGGGAUGUAAUCAUAUGCUUUCUCCUGGUGAAUACAUCCUGGUGCCAAUGGCUUUUAACCAGUGGAAAAAUGAAGGUAUACUUUUUAAAUACUUUUUAGUGAUGAAAUAAUGUUUUAAUAUAUCUAUCAAUACCAGUAUAAAAUUUUUUAAAAUGUUUGAUUAGUGCCUACCAGUUUUACUAAUGAUUCCUAUCUGUAAGGUAGUACACUUAUAAAUCCUAGUGCAAAGGAUAUUUGCAGUGAUCACACCCUUAUCGGUCAAUUCUCCAAGCUGAUGCUUAAAUAAAAUAAAAGAGGCCCCAGGAUCAAUGUAUUGAUCAUUCUGACUCCUCUGUUUCAGAGGGGUUCGCGAUGUUACUGUGCAUGGUUUUCAAGGGGAUACUUCACUGGUUACAAGAGCUACUCAGCAGUGGUAUUACGAACUGGGGGUUGGAAUACAGGAGGCAAUAGACACAAAUGUUUGGAGUGUAGCCGCCUCAACUGUUGCUUUUGGAAGCUUAUUCCAGUCCCCUAUUGCCUUCGGCAGGAAUGAGGAGCUCCUGUACUUUGUUCUUGUUUUUACCAGCCAGAACUGUCUAUCAUGACCUCGUCGCUGUCUAGGGGGAAGAUGAACGAGUCUCUGUUUUCUGUUUUUUUUCUCAGCCAUUCAAGAUUUAAGUGUGUGCCUUUUAGAAAAAUGUUUUCUCAAACAGAAUGUUUCAGUUCUUUUAAUGUGUACUCUCCAGAUGUGUCAAGCCUGAGGCCACCAAAGCAUGUGGUAUCCAUUCACAGUUCUAAGAAACUGAUGGUGUCUGAAAGUGUAUGUGACAGGCCGUACCUGCUGGCUGAUGCCAUGAUACAACUUGCUGUUGCUAAAGGGAGCAAGGAAGAAGUAUUUUAUGUUGUGGAAUGACACAAUUAGAGUCUGUCACAUUUAAUGUUCUGUAUAUUGUCAUGCAAUGGAAUAUUUAGAGCUCUAUUUAAUAAUAGAGAUCGGUACCUAACUAUUUUGCCAAUCGAAGAAUUAGAGGCUUUUUUCUGACACGGAAAAUGUUCAACAUAAACCAUUGUGUCCUUGGUAAUUGUAAUUACAUUACAAUAUUUUAUGAAGCAUAAUGAAAAAACUUUGUAUUUACCUCCCAUUACACUGUAAAACUUUCCUAUUUUUAUAUUUUCUUCAUGUGUUUUUUGUGUGUGUUUGUUUAUAAGCAAAUUAUAGUUAUAGUAAAUUAUCUCAAUGCCCCUUAUGUGAAGCUUCAUGUUUGGAAAAGACUUGGGCUUGAUUUUAAAGUUCUGACUAUCACAUGAACCGCCUGUUUUAUGAAGGCGUUAAGAACUUCAAGUAAUACAGAGAGUGAGAAAUAGUACAACUUUUUAUAUGAUACACCAAUGAAUUGGUCUACAGCUACGUCAAGGGGUCACAGCCUACACGCUGAUGAAGAGGUGGGCUGGGUGCAUAUUUGUUGUGGAGAACCGCCUGCCGUCACAUUGUAUACACGUGUUGUCUGACUGCAAGGAGAGCUCCAACGUUGUGUCCACCCGGGGGACACUGCAGACAACAGAUGUCAUCCCCCCAUACCACAGGUCAGUACAUUUCAUUUCACAUUGUGUCUGAUUGCUGCAAGGAGAGUUCUAACAUUGAGUCGAUGGGGUGGGGGGGUGUGGUGGUGGGGGGGGAGGCGAUGACACUGCAGACAACAGAUGUCAUCCCCUCAAAACACAGUUAGGUAUAUGUCAAUUCACCAAAUUCAUUUGAUUUUGUCGUUUAAUUGUGGCUCCCAGCCUGGGUCACCAAAGAGCCAUGUCUUGUUCUGAAAGAAAGACAAUCUAAAUCAGGGAUCUCAAACUCUAAUCAUUCGGGGGCUGCAGGAGGUAGAAUCUGAUUGUGACUGGGCCGCAUCAAGUAUUCAACAAAAAAGCGAUUACAAAAUCAGUAAAGUACAACUGUUACAAUCUGCACGAAUAAAAACAUUAAGGGUACUCAAGAGCUAGGCUUCACUUUCUUCCUCCUAGUCUUUGUUGCCGGAGAUGUCGCAGCGCUUCUUCUUACACAGCUGAGCAAAAUUUGGCUUCAGCGAGGAAGCAACUGAGACCCUCAAUAUAGCUUGAAGAUGGUCAUCAGUAAGUUUGGCCCUGAACUUUGACUUGUUGAAGUUCAUAGUGGAAAAGAGCUUUUCACACAGAUAGGUACCCCUAAAAAGGCAUGCAUGAUCUGCUUGAACAACUUGGAAAUCUCAGUGGAGGUGGAGAGCAAUGCUCUCAUAAAUUGUCCAUUCUUGUUUGUUUUUCCAUUCACCUCCCUGAACUUAGAAUUGCACUGAAGAUCAAUCAGCUCCAUUUGAAGCACAAAAGAGAGAGAGUGGGGGGGGGGGAGGGACUUCCACAUUGAAGAAGAAAGGGUCAGCAAAAAGUUGAAAAGUGACCCUGUGUGUUUUGCAGUAUAAAAACAUAGGAUCAAAGUUUCCAUUCACCUCCCUGAACUUAGAAUUGCACUGAAGAUCAAUCAGCUCCAUUUGAAGCACAAAAGAGAGAGAGUGGGGGGGGGGGAGGGACUUCCACAUUGAAGGAGAAAGGGUCAGCAAAAAGUUGAAAAGUGACCCUGUGUGUUUUGCAGUCUAAAAACAUAGGAUCAAAUUCUUCCUGUAGCUUUGCAAUGGCAUCAGUUUACUUACUACUAAGUUACUAGUGAAUGGUGUGCCCGAGUCCAUGAGUACUUUGCAUGUUGGGAAAUGGCAGAGGUUUCUCAAAGAACCUUAACACAAGUUUUGUGCAGAAUGCGCUGACAUUGUCAUAGGCAACACUGACAAGCUACCCCUGGUCUUGUAACUUUUUGUUGAGUACAUUCAUCUCCUGUGUAGUGUCAACAAGAAAAGCCAAGUCCAUGAGCCAUUUGGGAUCACUUAGUACAGGAACAACCACCCCAUCCUUCUCCACGAAGGCUUUGAAGGCUAAAACUUGUUCAAACAGUAGGCAGGAGCAGGCUAUAUUUAUGAAUUAUUGACGCGAAGGAAGAUGCUAUUGUAGGGAGAAUGAAUUUUGAUUUUUUUUAUCGCAGAAAAGACCUUUUUGACUAAGCCUAUUUUGAAAGUGGCCAAGCUGACAGGCAUGGAAUUACCCUCACUCGUAAACACUAGCAGCAAUUUUAAUAUGGAUUCUUUGAUACUGUAUCCGAUUGCUAAGAUUUACUCAAUUAUGGUUGUGCAUUACCCAUCAACUGACUUUUUAAACCUUUCUCAAAACCACACUUUGGCCAUGUUUGUCUCAUAAAAUGUUAUAAAAUAAAAACUUUUAGUCUGAUUUUCAAAUGGUUUUUACCAUUAUAAUCAUCGUCCAAAUAUAUACAAACAUAAUAAAAAUCAGAACAAGACUAAUCAAUGAGAUUCGACUGAAACCGUUGCGGAGGGUCUCAUUAUAGAAAUGAGAAUGGGGAAAACCCGCUGGCCGCAUUAACAUUAAACUUUGCAGUCAUGUACGGGCCACAAAAUGUCAUCUUGCGGCCGGGUGUUUGGGACCCCUGAUCUUAAUUUAAUAUACUCUUUUUUUUUUCCUGGCAGUUAGUUUGGAUAGUCUAUCUGUUAUAUUUUUUAACAAUACCAUAUGGACUUACCUAAUAAAUUAAUAAAGGGCUUGCAAAUUCACAUAGGACUUAUAACAUAUUUUCAUAGUAUGUGAAAACCUGGAAGAUCGCAAAACAAAAAAAAAAGAAUCUUUCAACUAAAAAUUCUGACAAAGAGGGACAUAAAGGUGAACUCAGCUGAUGGAAGUUCACAGAAUUCUGUGACAGAACUCAAAGUAAAAAGGAAAUGAUAGAACUGGCCAUGAAACUUUCUUACACUUUUUUUGUUGUUUUUUUCUAUCGCCAGGCAAGUCAUCAUGGUUUUGUCCCAUUUAGAGGGAAGUCAGCCCUAUCAUGUGUCACGCAGGUUGAUUCAUCACCUUGUCAGUAGCUCAGAAUAUAUGUCACUGUCACCGCACACUCCCCCUAUCACACCUCAAGUAGCAGUACUACAUGAACCAAGACCUUAUGUAUAGAUUGAUUUAAUGAUAAUGGUGAUUAAAAACUUACUUUGUAUAUCAAGUAAUUGCUUUUUACUAACCUUCUGCUAACUUAUUUUGGGUGAAGUGUCCGUUUUACUUGUAUUUAUUGGAUUCGAAAUUACAUUCAAAUGCUUAUUACCUCUGGGUAGAAAAACUCAACAGAGUUAAAAUUUAGUUCGCAGCUUAGUUUAAAGGUGGGCUUUGACUGUGGAUCCUCCCUUUCACAAUUAUGUAAAUAUAAGUUGUGAAAUUUCAAACCCAGAAGCAAAAAUGUUUUGUGGAUUAAUUUUAAGAGAAUUGCUUAACAGCUGUACAGUAAUAAUUUCUCACUUUCAUCUGAACACAGAAAGUUUGUGCUUUAAAAAAAACUAAUUAUUUUAAUAUUCUUGUCAUCAUUGCUCAAGGGUUAUGUGAAUAUGUUAAUUUUUGCUUUCAGUCUUUGAAGAAAUUAAUGAACUUUAAAAAAAAAAAAUGUAAUUGCCAUUUGCUUACAUCCAGUGCCAUGACAGAGCUCAGAUAAAUGUUAAGAUAUGCAAUUAAUUUUUUAUGAAGUCUCUCAUAUGGGAUCUUAUUAUCUAAAGCUAAUGCUAUUUAAAAAUGAAAUUUUGUUUGAGAAGUAAGUACUAAUAAUUUAUUAAAAGAUUUGAUUAUUUUACAAGGAAAAUAAUUUCAUUAUCUUUUUUUAUGUUUUAAACUAUUUGAAGUAAAACAAGAUCUUGUAAAUAAGAACUUGUGCAAUGAAGAUCUUGUAUAAAUAAUAGCAUGUACAAGUGAAAGCUUGUAUAAAUAAUAACUUUAACAAACAAGACCUUGUGUCAACAAGAGCUUGCAUAAAUAAG